UUAGUCGGAAGUGUUCGCCCACUUUCGGGAUUCAAGCCGGUGUUUUCAAAGGGGCAGAGCGAGCGCCGCGGGUCCCAGCUCCGCAGACUACAGCAGUUCAUGUGAGAGCAGCUCGGGCACACCUGGUUGGACCGUGAAGAGCAGUUCAGCGACCGAGACAGCUCCACUCAGAAAAAAGGGAUCAUGGCCACAGGCGGAUUCAAGUCAAGCGCCGCGACGGACUUUUUGGAGGAGUGGAAGGCAAAACGGGAGAAAAUGAGAGCCAAAAUGCUGGGGGACAUUGCCGCAGCCACUGGUACUCCCUUGGGUGCCAGUAAUACAAACAGCAGCCGCAACGCCGUUCCUCCUCCAUCUCCUCCUCCUCUUCCUUCGGCCACCGAGUUCACCAACAACGGCAACCCGGACCGAAGCUCCUCCGCUGGGAACUGCCACCCCUCCUCCUACGCGGUUGCUCGGUCCUCAUCUGGCACUUCUCUAAAGAGGCCCGAGGAGGAAAUGCACCACCCCGUGACACCCUCAGCCACGCCGGGAAGCAACCUGAAGAAGGCCCUGCCUCAGCCGGAGAAGACUCAGGACUCUACUCCCAUGGCUUGCAACGACAGUGACAAGGAAAGCCCGUCACCCAGCAGCAAGGGCAAGGAGAAGAAGAGCACCGGGCCCAGCGCCAGGAAGGGGAAAGGACAGAUCGAGAAGAGGAAGUUAAGGGAAAAGAGGAGAUCCACAGGUGUCGUGAACAUACCAUCCAAUGAGUCAUACUGCACGGAGCAGCUCGUCUUAAGGAAGUGCAAUCAAACCAGAUGAUUACCGC